UGCCGGUGUAACGAGCAUGCACUAAAAGCAUUCUAUCAGAUACACCCUGAAACAGGAACCAAAGGGUCUCUCACAAUGCUCGAGUUGUGUAUUUGCGGUGUACCUCAGCUCUGAUGACUACAAUUGUGGGAAUUUGCUUAGCGAGCGAUCAAAGCAGAUUACCGGUCUUACCAUGGUGGAGGUGGACUGAGGAGAGGAGAUGACACUCGUCUCCAAUGCCGGUGGCAGCGGGCCGCUCGUGGGUCACGUGAUUACUGUCCGGUAACUUAGGUCGGUCGGCGUCGGCGGACUCCUGUCUCCGCUGUUUCCUGCACAAUGGAGAACGAAUUUGAUGUUAUCAUCAUUGGCACUGGUCUCACACACUCCAUGAGUGCCGCCGCACUUGCCAAGGCCGGACUCAAAGUAGCCCAUGUCGAUCCGAACCCAUACUAUGGUGGAGACGAGGCUGCUUUGACGCUGGACGAAAUAGUUGCAUGGGCUGAGCAUCAUGCUUCCUCAGAUUCCGUCGAUCAAGUCCAGAGAUGCCCCACGUAUACCACAGAAUAUUGUUCUGCGCUCAACGUGUCGCAUCCGAAGCAAUACACGAUAUCUCUAUCUCCUUCCGUUAUUCCCGCCAUCGGUCCUUUCAUCACAUCCGUAAUAGCGUCCGGCAUUUCGCGGUACUGUUCGUUCAAGUUGCUAGGUCCGGUCUCGAUAUACAAUGGCGGCCAGUUCAAAAAUGUGCCAAGGGGAAAAGAAGACGUGUUCAGGGAUCAGAAGAUCCCGUUGAUAGAAAAACGUCGUCUCAUGCGGUUCUUGAUGUUUGUUGCUGGGGAUUAUGAAAGUAGUCCCGAGUUCCAGGGUAAAGAAGACACUCCCUUCCAGGAAUUCCUUCGUCAAACAUUCUUUUUGAGCGAAGACAUCUCACAGAGCAUUGUAUUUGCGUUGGCAUAUUGCAGCCAUGCUGAUGAGCCGACGGCUUCUGCGUUGUCCCGUGUGCGUAGUUGCUUGCAGUCUACAGGGCGUUACGGGCCUUCGCCAUUCGUCGUUUCUUAUUACGGAGGUUCAGGAGAUCUGGCUCAAGCCUUUUGUCGCGCUGCAGCUGUCAAUGGGUCUGUGUAUAUUCUGGGUCGACGGAUCGCGAACAUUGUUUAUAGGGGUUCGUCCUCCGAGGCUACGGGCGGCAGUCGCCGCUACGCUGUCGAACUUGACAAUUUUCCGGAGCCACUUUAUGCAUCCUGUCUGCUGUCCUCCCAAUGUCAUGUCCCCGAUCAUUUGCGACAUCUUUCCGCACCGAUAUCUUCAGAACCAUCAGAUGCUUAUAGUCGUAUUCGUGCAGUGGCGAGAGGCAUAGUCAUAUUGGAUAAUCCCUUGUUACCUCCACGUGAAGACAGCGAGGAGCCCGAGGCGACGCAGUCCGAUUCGUUUAUCAUGGUGUUUCCUCCCGGAUCAGUUGGGGGUGGUUCGGACGUGAGCGCUGUACAUGUGUUAACGGCCGGACCUGGUACGAUGUGUGCACCCCCCGGGAAAUGUAUAGUCUACUUGUCCAUGCCACUGUUGGACCAGGAACGAGGUGCUAAGGCGCUCCUGGAGCCCUAUCUUAUAGCGAUACUAUCUUCAGUAUCACCUCCUCCCAAUAUCCUCUUCCAGACGUUCUAUACCCAACAUUUCCCGACGGAGACAGAGCGCGACGUUCUGAUGGGUUCCGAGGAUGAUAUUACUUAUUGGACCGUGCCUGUCUUACCUGCAGACAUGUCGCACGCUGUCGACUACGCUGCUCAGAUCGCCGAGAAAGCAUUCUGGCAGGUUACGUUGUCGAUACGAGGGCCUGACGCUUCAUUAGAAGUCAGUAACGGCUUUUGGGUAGAUGCUGUGAGCAACGUUGAUGAGGAUUCCGAUUAGCUACAUAUUUACUUGGUGUAAUGUUAUGAAACGGGAG